GAUCGCCUUGAGGUAUAUAUAAGCAUUGUGUCGACCACGAGGUGAGCUCAGAACUCGUAUGAAGUCUGUACCAGUUGCUUUGCAAAGCCGGAAGUUAAUUAAACCAUCGUUGGUACUCGAUUCGAUCUACAGUGUAAUAAUUUCCCGGUUUUUCGUCACAAGGAACACUGCACCAUGAGAAACUUCGUCCUGAUUACGCUACUGGCUUUGAUGGCCCUCGAGGCAACUCUGGCAGCGCCUUCGAACCGGAAGAACGACGAUCUGCCCAAAUCGGCCGGGGAAAUCCCGGCAAUUUCACAGAAAGCGGGCGUCAAGACAACCCGCAGGAGGAAUGUGGGUCCGGCAAGAAGUCCCGGAGUCCAGAAGUACGGAUUGCGGGAUGAAUCGGUUGGGAACAACGGCCACAUCGAGAGGGUCAGCCUCAACCGGGUUUCGGCCCUCGAUGGAAGCGUCGAUGAGGUCAAAGUCGAGGCCGAAAGGCCGGGGAUCUUCGCUUACGGACUCCCGAAAAAAAUUCUGGAGAACAACGGCUUCAUCGAACGCGUUCGUGACGUAGAGGAUGUGGACAAGGGCGGAAAACGAGCGGCCAGAUCCGUACAUCAACUGCAGGAACAAUCGAAGGAUCUCAAAGCUUAGAGGGCCAAGCUGGAGCGUGAUUUCUAAGUUGAGGCUGAUUCACCGGAACGCGAUAUAAAUUCAUCCACGAACUGUGUGUGGAGAAGAAAAGCCUGAAGGUGAAGACAAGGAAAGUAGGAACUCUCUGUUGGUUACCAAAAAACAAAAAAGUAUUACUUGAA